GCUGCAGUCUAUUCUGUUUCCUGUUUCCAAUACUUAGAGGAAUUGAGAACUUGCUGUAAAAGAAACGCGAGCUUUAGCCUCUGGCAGUUGUGUUUUACUGGGCUCUCCAAGCCUAUCCAUGCUUUAUUGCUCUGCUGGUUUUGAAUACCUAACCAUUCAGAAUGCUCCAAACUGGAAUGCAGUUUCGACCAAACUCUUUCUGGGUUGCAGGAAUCCUGGACUCUUUUCCUCAAAAGCCCAGAAUGGCAGUGGAUGUAGCCAUGCAAUUCUACCUGCGGGCGCCCUCUUUGCGGAAAGAGAGUUUUGCCUACAAAAUAGCCCCAAAGAUCAAGACGCCUUUGCGACCCUGCAUUCAUGUGAACAGCAGCCCUGUGCUGAAAGAGCUGGGGUCAGAGGUCCAAGCUCUGCGGAGGAACCGGGUGAAAAAAAGGGUUUCUUUUGCAGACAGCCGUGGCUUGGCUCUGACAGUGGUGAAAGUGUUCUCAGAAUUUGAUGACCGCUUGGAUAUUCCCUUGAACAUCACAGAACUAAUAGACAACAUUGUGGGCCUGACCACGGUGGAUCACGAUGACUUUGUCUUGGAUUUCAUACAGCCUUCUGCAGAUUACUUGGACUUCCGGAAUCGCCUCCAGGCAGACUGUGUUUGCCUUGAGAACUGCAUGUUGAAAGAUAAAGCUAUUGUGGGUACGGUGAAAGUCAGGAAUCUGGCAUUUGAGAAGGCCGUCAAGAUUCGGAUGACCUUUGAUACUUGGAAAACCUUCACGGAUCACUCAUGCCAAUAUGUGAAGGACACCUAUGCCAGCUCCGAUAAGGAUACGUUCUCCUUUGAUGUUAGCUUGCCAGAACGGGUUCAAGCCCAUGAAAGAAUUGAGUUUGCAGUGUGUUAUGAAUGUGAUGGCAAAGUCUACUGGGAUAGCAACAAGGGGUUCAAUUACAGGAUCAUACGCUCUGAACUCAAAUCAGCUCGAGAAAUUUCUCAGCCUUGUAGUGAGACAGAUUUUGGAAUUGCCUUUGAUCAGUUUGGAAGCCCCCGGUGUUCUUAUGGUUUAUUUCCUGAAUGGCCUAGCUAUUCCGGAUAUGAAAAACGUGGCCCUUAUUACUAAAUCAGAGCCUCGGGAUUAUAUUUACUGCACAAGAAUGAAGAGACAGAGAUAGAAAGUCCUCAUGUGGAGGUGGCUGCAGAGUACGCAAAAGAACUGAAGUUUGUAGUUACAGAAUGGAAACAAAGAGAAAUGUUAAAACUCCUGGUUGCAAAGGUUUUUAGGGCAGAUGCUCUCUUCAUGUUCCUUUGAAUAUAAAGAAAAGGAGAUGGUCUCCUGUGACAUGGCUGCCACAGAUCAAAUUCAGCACUUGGUGCUGUCGUUUGGGCCAUUUGGUUUCUGUGCAUCCUUUGAGAUACAUGACAGUAUUGUGAGCUGUGCAAGAACAAACCCCCCCCCCUUUUUUUCCCUUCUGUAUUCUGGAAUCAAACUUGAUAUGCACCUUUCUGAUAAAACCAACUCUCUGAGAAGAAAUGCAGGGAUGAGCUAAGCAGUCUUCCUCCUGCCUUAAUCAGAUUGUACAAUCUGUGAGAGGCUAAGAGUCUCAAAUGGAAAAGACUAUAAUUUUAGCUCAGAAGAUCCUUUGCUUCCUUUCAUUUUAGGAAUUGCCUUGUUUAUGGGAAGAUUCCAAAAUGCUUACUCACCAUUCUGCCUGUCUCUCUCUUCCUAAACACAUAUGUACAUAUCUUUCAGUGGCUGAGCCACACCAGCCCUAUGUAGCCUAGUCACAUAAUCCACCCUUAACCAACCUGGUGCCCUCAGGAUGUGCUAGACUUUAGUUCCUAUGAUCUCCAGGUGGGACAGUCAGUGGCCUGGAGAAGGCUGAUGUAGCAUUUUAGCUUCCACAAUAACUAAUAAUUUUAUUUAGGUGAUUUUAUUUAUCUCCCUCCUUUAUUAAGUGGUGGUGGACUGUUAAGAAUAAAAUUGUUUUUAAGUCUUAACUCCUCAUGACACCAUCUUAUGUACAUUUAAUUUUGUUGGGGCCUGCUGGGCUUAAGUCAUCUGGGUGAAGAACAUUUUAAAAUUUCAUUUUGUUUCAUGAAUUUUAUAAAAUAUCUAUAAAUUGAAUGUUGCUGACAUAAAUAAGAUACCAUGUCAAAUAAUGGAUACCCACUAAGUCGAGUUUUCUGUUGCGCUCCUCAACACUUAUGCUCAGUAAUAGAAGCAUUUUAACUCAGUGGUAGAACAGACAUUUUGAUGCUUGAUCUCUCUAGAGCUUAAUAAAUCAAUUGUUUAAUACAGCAUAGAGUGGGCUACAGUCUAUUAAAAAGCAUAGAAAAC